AUGGACGGUUCGUUGAUUCGAUUGCAUGAUUUACCUGAUGAAAUUCUUAUGAUUAUUUUGAAAAAAAUCUCCAAUAUCGAAGUACUCUACUCGUUCAUAGGUGUUAAUAAACGAUUGAAUGAAAUUGUACAUGAUUCAAUUUUUACGACUUGUUUAACAUUAAUGCGUGAUUCCUUUAAUGGUUUAUCUGAUCGAUUAAUUAAACGAAUACUUGAUCGAUUUUGUUUACAAAUUUUACCUUCGAUUCAUCAUAAAAUCCAAUGGCUCAAUGUUGAAUCAUCAUUUAUGGAACCUAUUCUUCUUUCGACAAAUUAUCCCAAUUUAUAUGAACUUGGUAUAUAUCAUAUUGAGAAGGAAACUGCUUCACGUAUCUUUACUGAGGAAAGUCCUUUAAUUCAUAUAUUUCAAAAUCAAAUUUUAUCACUUGUUAUCGAUAUUGUUCAACGUAAAGAUCUAUGUUUAGCAGAAAAUGACAAUGUACAUAUAUUUAAACGUAUUUUAACUGUAAGUUCCAAUUUACAAUGUUUGAAUUUUGGUCCAUCUUUGUUUUGGUAUCAACGAUUAUUACUUCGAAGUUUGACUCCAGAUGUUGUCAGUCCAACUCUAUUAGAAUUACGUGUCGGUGUGCAGAACUUUAUCGAUUGUCUUUAUUUAGUUGAUGGUCGUUUCGAUCAACUUCGAACAUUUUAUGUUGAUAUUUAUCACAUAUUUCCACCACAAAGAAUAAUCGAUAAUAAAAAAAAAAUACCCAAUCUAAAACAUUUUUCAUUACAUUGUAAAUGGGAAACAAAUCAAUAUAAUGAAUUAAUUUUGCCACUUCUACAUCGAAUGUCAAAUCUAGAAGAACUCGAUUUAUAUCUUUCAGUGUAUUGUGAGAAAAGAGUUAUUGAUGGUUAUGAUUUGAAAGAGAAUAUUAUCACUCAUUUAUUAGAAUUAAAAAAAUUUGCAUUUAACAUACGUUCAUUGUUGUAUCUCAACGAUCAAAUUUAUUUAUCAUCAAAUGAAGAUAUUCAACAUUCAUUCAAAGAUUUUCAUGAUCAUCAAGUUAUUUCAUAUGUUGAUUAUUUCUCAAAUCGUAAACAAGGUCAAUGCCAGAUUUAUUCAUUUCCACAUCACGUACAAUAUUACGAUUAUAUUACAAAUAGUUUAUCAAAUGGAUUAUUUGAACAUGUUCGUGAAGUUUCAUUAUUUGAUGAACGUCCGUUUGAACAUGAAUUUUUUCUUCGAAUUGCUAAAUCUUUUCCAUUGAUAGAAGCAUUAUUUAUCAACAAUAAACAACCACAGAAAAACAAAUUUUCUCAACAAUCAAAUGAUGAUGAUCAACAUUUAUCAAUCAUUGAAUAUUCUCAUCUUAGGAAACUUGAUCUUGAAGAAGCUCAUGAUGAUUAUGUCGAACAAUUUCUACUGGACACUAAAACAUGUCUACCAAUGAAACUCGACGUCGAAGUCGACUAUGAAGUUUUAGAUACAGUGACACACAAUUUUACAAGAGAAGCAACACGAAUCAAUUGUUCCAAAUUGCUUUAUUUAUGUAUACCUGAGGAAAUUUCAAUUCCAAUGCAUCUCAAAGACUAUUUGCCAUAUACAAAAAUGUCUUGA